AACACGCACGCACGCUUCCGCGCCGGUUUCCGCGUGGUCUGUUCCGAUCUUCGACCGGAGCGCUUAAUUUGUGUGUAAAAAUAGCGCCAAUAAAAAGAGACACCCGUGCCAAAUGGUAGUAGGAAUACUCCUCUCUCUAUACGCAUCCAUGUCGUCUGCCGUGCAGGCCUUCCGUGAGCGUACUUUCGUUAUCGUGAAGCCGGACGGCGUGCAGAGAGGCCUGAUCGGCAGAGUAGUCAGCCGGUUCGAACAGAAUGGCUUCAAAUUAGUGGCUAUGAAGUUCGUUCAGGCAACAGAAGAAACCUUAAAAAAGCACUAUGAAGAGCUCUCUCAACGACCGUUUUUUCCUGCUCUCAUGAAGUACAUGCAGAUGGGUCCUAUUGUAAUCAUGGUUUGGGAAGGCAAAGACAUUGUCAAAAGAGCACGAGAUAUCAUUGGUGCCACAGACCCUUUGAAAUCGAGCCCUGGUACCAUAAGAGGCGACUAUGGAAUUGCAACUGGCAGAAACGUUGUUCACGGCAGUGACUCCUUGGAGAGUUCAAAGAGGGAGAUCAAUUUAUGGUUCAGCAGUGCUGAGGUUAUCGCUUGGCAACAAGAGUUGGACGAUUGGCUGAACAAGGAGAACUGAGGCAUAUCUGCUAUGACAUUCAUCCGGUGUUUACAGUAAUUUUUAUACCUGUGUUUUCGGUAUUUAACUUGUAAUAUUCUGUCAGAGGACUUCAGCCUAUUAUCACGUUUAUGCUUAUUUUGCAUUUUUUGAUGCUGUUUUAUUCUGUUGUUGGAAAUGAUGUAUUUAUUUCCGGCUGAAAAUUGUGCUGCUCUGCAAUGUAGCUGAUAAAAAGGAACACCAUGAAAAGGUGUCUUUACAAUAUUUUGUUAUGUCACAGCUGCUUAUUCUUAGUAAAAAAAUUUUUCU